ACAAAUCGAGUGUUUUAAUCGCUUUCUUAUUGUUUGAUUUUUAAUUGUAUUCUUUGACCUCAUAAACAAAGAUAGAAAUAUUAGGGUAAAUUUGGAUUUAUGAAUGUGACAUUUGCAUAGAAAAUUAUAUGAGAUUAAUUAUGUAUAACUGUCCUUUUUAUGAUAUGGACAGUGGCUGAGACCAAAUGUUCUAUCUAAGCAAAGGAGAUGUAAGGGGCUGUGCGUUUUGAGAGAGUAUAAAAUAAAGGGAUGAUGGGAUAUCCGCGGGGGCUUACUUCCCGUCCUUGCUGAAACAAAACAAAAAACAAAAACAGUCCUUGCUGAAAUAAGAUCCCAUGGUCAUCUUGAAAAAGUGCAACAUUUAGUACUUUCGGCUUGUAUUCAAAUUGGAAACAUAAGGUGGGGGUUUGGGCAUGCAUAACGGAGUCAUAACUGAAGGUAUCAUUUUCAUGCAUCAACCACAGUCAUGUCAAAGAUUGCUUGUGUCUCCUGUACAGAUUCAGGCUGUCUCACGGCGCGGGGAGGAGUUUACCUCCUGCACCUGCACCUCCUCCGCCAGCCCGUUUCCGUGUCGUCACCUCUGGUGUUUGGCUGCCCCCUCCCUCCAUCCGCCUGGCCGCUUCUUCAUGAAGUGCUUUGUUAAACCAAACUCUCAGCAUCUUCCACAAACACCGCCUCGAGUAAAAUGCAGAGGAACGCGCGGCUGAUGAAGGACUGAGGCGCCACUGGAGAUGCGGAAGGAAGGAGGCAAGGCGACAGCCGGCAGCCCAGCAGGAGGAGACCGCGCAGCCGCGGCGCAGAAAGAACACGCUAUCACCCAGAAUGGCCACAACCCAGCGCAUACGGCGUCCCACGAUCAAGGGUUUGAUUCCCCUGGACCGGGUCCCAUUGUAGCUAACACUACCCCAAGGGAGCAGUGGGGCGGGAAGUAUGAGUUCCUGCUGUCCUGUAUUGGAUACUGCGUGGGCCUGGGCAACGUUUGGAGGUUCCCUUACCUUUGCUACCGCAAUGGAGGAGGUGUGUUUCUCAUCCCCUACUUCAUCAUGCUCUUUGUCGCGGGUGUUCCACUCUUCCUUAUGGAGCUGAGUUUAGGCCAGUAUGGUGCUGCUGGUCCAAUCACUGUGUGGAAAUGCUGCCCUCUGCUCAAAGGUAUUGGAAUUGGGAUGCUGUGUGUGUCCACGCUGGUUUGUCUCUACUACAAUGUCAUCAUAGCCUGGACGUUUUACUAUCUGGGCAGCUCCUUCCAGAGCCCUCUGCCUUGGUCAUGUGACGCCAUCGCCAAUGCAGCUGUCUGCAGCAACAACACUGCAGGCAACAGCUCCUCUGGUCGAGCUCGCACCCCCACAGAAAUUUUCUGGAAUGAAAAUGUGCUGGGCUUGGUAAACAGUGAGGGCCUUCAUGAUCCGGGCCCCGUGCGUUGGCCCCUUGCCCUGUGCCUCCUAGCAGCGUGGAUCAUCAUCUUCCUUUGUAUGCUGAAGGGCAUCCGCAGCUCUGGCAAGGUGGUUUAUGUUACAGCGACCUUCCCAUACUUUGUCCUCAUCGUGUUGAUCAUCAGAGGAGCCACACUGGAGGGCUCUCUACAGGGCAUUGCUUUCUACCUCACUCCAGACUGGGCCCGUUUAGCUUCUGCACAGGUGUGGAGCGAUGCAGCGUCUCAGAUCUUUUACUCGUUGGGUAUAGGAGUUGGAGGGCUGCUGUCUAUGGCCUCCUACAACAAAUUUGACAAUAAUGUCAUUAGGGACACAAUAAUUAUCACCACAGGAAACUGCUGCACCAGCUUCUUUGCAGGAUUCGCUAUAUUCUCUAUUCUGGGUCACAUGGCCUGGAGGAAGGGAGUAUCUGUCGGAGAGGUGGCUGAUACAGGUCCUGGCUUAGCUUUUGUUGCUUACCCAGAAGCCCUUGCACUGCUGCCAGGCUCUGUAUUUUGGUCCAUUAUGUUCUUCCUCAUGCUAUUUAUGUUGGGGGUCGACACACUGUUUGGCAACAUGGAGGGCAUCACCACUGCCGUGCUUGACGAGUUUCCACAGCUCAGACAGAACAACUUGCACAAGUCCCUGUUCUUGGGCACUUUGUGUUUUGGCUUUUAUCUCAUGGGCCUCCUGCUUGUGACUGAAGGAGGGAUUUACUGGUUCACUCUCAUUGACUCCUUCAGCACCAGUUUUGGCCUCAUCAUCAUCACCCUAUUCAUGUGCAUCGGCAUCUCUUUCUUCUAUGGAGUUAACCAGUUUUGUCAAGACAUCCUCGAUAUGAUCCGUCACUGCCCUCCUUGGUGCAGUAAAGUACUCAUUUACUUUAAAGCCUGCUGGUGUUUCUUCACUCCGUUUUUACUUAUGUUCAUCUUGGCCUUUAUAUUUCUUGAGAUGUACAGCACAUCCCUCAAAUAUGGCUCCUACGUGUUUCCACUAUGGGGUAAAGCUUUAGGCGUGUGCAUGGGCGCCACCUGCUGUCUGCAGAUCCUCAUCUGGGCCAUUGUAGCCAUCUGCAAGGAAACUGGAACCCUGAAACAUCGUUUCCAAAAAGCAAUCCGACCCCUGAAUUCCUGGAGGGUAAAUAACCUGAACAGCACCAUUACACCUGCAGAGUACAUGGAUUCUGAGAGAGUGGAAGGCCCUUUUACCGUCACCCUUACAGACUUGGAUUUUCACGCUAUGACUUGGGACACAGGAAGCCAAGCAUAAGGAAACAGGGAUGAACUUUCAACAAUGGGGAGAAAGAAUCAAAGGAACCUUUUGUUACUCGCCCCACCAAGGCUCUGGUGGCUGCAUCCUUUUAGCUGUGGAGGAACCACUUAAUUUAUAUAUAUUAAAUUGUGUAAAGAGAAUCAUGUAUUAAAAAUGUUUUUCAAUAUGAAUUAUUAAUUUACUGUUUAGUACCUUGAUCAUUUUCUGUCAUAACUAGAGUGAUAAAAUACAAUUAGACAGACAUAAUUAAAGACCCCCCCAACACAGCGAUGAUCAUGCUGGAGUAAUGACUGAUGUUACUGAUGUCACAUGUAACCAUGUAAAAAUUUAUAUAUAUUUUUUUUUAAAUGAAGACUCAAAAUAGGACUUGUAUUUUAAAAACUGAACUUAUUCAUUUCUUAUUGGUUGACCCAGAGCUCACCAUCAACAAUGCUAUGAUUCUCUUAACAAAUUCCAAAUGAGACAAAGUUCAACUUUAACUGAACAAAAAAGAAGUGGCUAUGCUGCAGUUUUUAUUUUUUUAUUUUCUUAUCGUUAACUCAAAACUGUAAGUUAAAAUGUUGCAUUUCUACUUCAGUAAAAAUAAAAACUAUUUCAGAAUA